AAACCUCAGUCGUGCCUGCAGGCCCUCCACGAUCUCGAAAACUGCCACCGCACGAAGGGCCCCUAUGACGGACUGAUGGCAUUCAGCCUGGGCAUCAGCAUAGCUAUUACCCUCCUUCUUGACCAUGUCCGUAAAGGAAGUACGCAGCCACUUUCAUUCAAAGUAGCUGUUCUUUUUUCCAAUCCCGGAGAGCUCUAUAACGUGGACUCACCCCGCCUGGGUCGUUUUGAGCCCUUGCAUCGCCAGCCUACAAUCACAAUUCUUACAGCACACAUAUGGGGCUCAGCAGACGCCUGGAGUGAUAAGGCCUCGUUGGCUCCUGGCUACUGCAGAAAAGAAAACCAGUCGAUCUUCGUACACGACGGCGGCCACGAGAUUCCGACCGCGGCAAGGGAUGUGGUGAGGAUGGCAAAUGUGAUCCAACGUGCAAUUGGCCAGGCAUGA